GCGUCCGCCCGCCGGUCGGUCCUCUCCCGCGUCCGCCCGCCGGUCGGUCCUCUCCCGCGUCCGCCCGGGGGGCGACCGUCCCAGGGGGGUCCCCGCGGGGCCGGGCCCGGGGGCCCACCAUGACCCGCCUCCUGCGGCUCCUGCUCCUCCACCUGCUCGGCCCGCUCGCCCCCGGCGGACAAGCGCUCCUCCAAGUGACCAUCUCACUUAGCAAAGUCGAGCUCAGCGUCGGUGAAUCGAAAUUCUUCACGUGUACGGCCAUCGGGGACCCCGACAGCGUAGAGUGGUUCAAUCCACAAGGAGAGAAGAUAACGUCCACGCAGCGGGUUGUCGUGCAGAAAGAGAGCGGCAGGUCCCGGCUCACCAUCUACAACGCCAACGUAGAGGACGCGGGCAUCUAUCGCUGCCAAGCGACGGACGCUAAAGGGCAGACUCAAGAAGCUACGGUGGUCCUGGAGAUUUAUCAAAAGCUCACGUUCCAGGAGGUGGCCUCUCCUCAGGAGUUCAAGCAGGGGGAGGACGCGGAAGUGGUUUGCCGGGUGAGCAGCUCUCCCGCCCCGGCCGUCAGCUGGCUCUACCAGAACCAGGAAGUCACCGCUCUUGGCGACAGUCAGUAUUUUGACCGGUUCGCCGUGUUAGCCAACAGUAACCUCCAGAUCCUCAACGUCAACAAGAGCGACGAGGGGACGUACCGGUGCGAAGGCCGGGUGGAAGCGCGGGGAGAGAUCGACUUCCGAGACAUCGCCGUCAUCGUUAACGUUCCGCCGGCCAUUACGAUGCCCCAGAAGUCUUUUAACGCGACGGCUGACCGUGAGGAGGCGAUGACCGUAUCCUGUAGGGCUUCUGGUGCCCCCAAGCCCGAGAUCCAGUGGUAUCGGAAUGGCAAGCUUAUCGAAGAAAAUGAAAAAUACGCAUUGAAGGGAAGCAACACGGAACUCACCGUCAGGAAUAUCAUCAACAGCGACGGAGGCCUUUAUGUCUGUCGCGCCACAAACAAAGCUGGAGAAGAAGAAAGGCAGGCCUUCCUCCAAGUCUUUGUGCAGCCUCACAUAAUACGACUGAGAAACGAAACCACGUUUGAGAACGGCCAGGCCACCCUCGCCUGCGAGGCGGAGGGAGAGCCCCUUCCGGAAAUCACUUGGAAAAGAGUCGUCGACGGGAGAACCUUCUCCGAGGGAGACAAGAGUCCAGACGGCCGCAUAGAGGUCAGAGGUCAGCCCGGCAAGUCAUCGCUGCACAUCAAAGACGUGAAGUUGGCCGAUUCGGGCAGAUACGACUGCGAAGCCGCGAGCAGGAUCGGAGGACACCAGAAGAGCGUGUUCCUCGACAUCGAAUAUGCUCCCAAGUUUGUGUCCAACCAAACAAUCUAUUAUUCUUGGGAAGGAAACCUCAUCAAUAUCAGUUGUGAAGUCAAGUCCAACCCACCAGCGUCCAUCCACUGGAAACGAGAAAAAUUAGCGUUACCCGCCAAGAACAUCACCCACUUAAAGACCUACAGUACGGGAACCAAGCUGAUUUUAGAGGUCGCUCCCACGUCUGACAGCGACUUUGGGCGUUACAACUGCACCGCCACGAACCGGAUAGGGACGCGAUUCCAAGAAUACAUCCUGGCGCUGGCUGACGUGCCUUCCAGCCCCUCCGGGCUCAGAAUCACGGAGCUGUCCCAGACCACGGCCAAGGUGUCCUUCACCAAACCCGACUCGCACGGCGGGGUCCCCAUCCACCACUACCAAGUGGACGUCAAGGAAGUGGCUGCCGAGACGUGGAAGGUGGAGCGCUCUCAAGGAGUUCAGACGGUGGUCCGCUUGUCCGAACUGAAGCCAAACACGACUUACGAAAUCAAGGUGUCGGCGGUCAACGGGAAAGGUCAAGGAGGCUCCAGCAAGAUCGAGCUCUUUCAGACGCUGCCAGUCCGUGAGCCGAGCCCACCCUCUAUCCACGGCCAGCCCAGCAGCGGGAAGACCUUCAAGCUCAGCAUCACCAAGCAAGACGACGGGGGAGCCCCUAUCCUGGAAUACAUCGUCAAGUACCGCAGCAAAGACAAGGAGGACCAGUGGCUGGAGAAGAAGGUGCAGGGCACUAGGGACCACAUCAUCCUGGAGCAUCUUCAGUGGACCAUGGGAUACGAAGUGCAGAUCUCCGCGGCCAACCGGCUGGGCUUCUCGGAGCCCACGCUCUACGAGUUCAGCAUGCCGCCCAAGCCCAGCAUCAUCAAAGACACCCUUUUCAACGGGCUCGGCCUCGGGGCGGUGAUCGGGCUGGGGGUCGCCGCCCUCCUCCUGGUCCUGGUGGUGACCGACGUCAGCUGCUUCUUCGUCCGGCAGUGCGGGCUGCUCAUGUGCAUCACCAAGACCAUCUGCGGGAAGAAGAGCGGAUCCAGCGGGAAGAGUAAAGAGCUCGAGGAGGGCAAGGCCGCCUACUUGAAAGACGGAUCGAAAGAGCCCAUCGUGGAGAUGAGAACGGAGGAUGAAAGGAUCACCAACCAUGAAGACGGGAGCCCGGUCAACGAACCCAACGAGACCACGCCCCUGACAGAGCCUGAAAAAUUGCCACUCAAGGAAGAGAACGGAAAAGAAGCUUUAAACCCAGAAACUAUAGAGAUCAAAGUUUCCAACGAUAUCAUCCAGUCAAAAGAAGGCGAUAGCAAGGCAUAAUCGGAAAGCCGUGGCCGCCCGGCCAACGAUGAUUUGGAUCGGAGUGACCCCCGUGACCAAAACUCUAGAGCUGACCUUAAUAUCUUGGGCGACUUUAAGCUUGGAAUAGUUAGCCCCAAAUGUACAUACGCUCACACCACUCCCAACCCCGUUCGGAUUUCUGUUGGUUUCGUUCAUGGUUUCGGUCUGUAGUCCCGGUUGCCGCCCUCCCCCUCCCUCCCCGGCCCCGAUACCCCUGGGGUCGGUUGGACGGCUCCCUAGAAGGAACGUGGCAUCUCUGGCGAAGGCCCCUCUUAUCCGAGGAACACGAUUCAGGCCGCCGUCCCUCCCCCCACCCCAGUACGUCCCCCACCCGACUCUCUUCCCUCGCCAGUGGAGGGAAACUUGUCGGCACGAGGCAGACCCGGGAGAGAGAGCCCUGCGCUCGCUUGGAGUCCGGUACUUUCCGUCGCCUCUUAUGGGAAAAACGAGGAAACGCGGUCUGGUGCUAGCGAGACGAUCGAGAGGCGUAGUCCUGACGGUGGGAAGGUCCCGUCCCGGGGUUCGGUUCGAAUGCCGGACCCUCGAGCGGCGGGACUCUCCGGGGGUCUGGGGAGGACUUCUAAAGGGCACGGAAAUCCAAUAAGCGCGUUAAACAGUUCCAACCCGGUGACGCGGUUGGGUGAAAGAGAUUAGUCACGUUGAACAGUAUGGCUUGGAAACCCCCCUGCCCCAUUUUCUGCUGUUGAGGUGUGCCCGUUCUGUCAGGGGCCACUCGCCAACUCUUUGGUGAUCAGGGGGCGGAAGGGGUUGGGGGGGAGGGGGAGGAGAGGGUUCUGUGCUCGUCACUUUCAUCUUCACGGAUACUUAAGAGGGGAACAAACUCAACCUGGGUCGACCCUCCCCGCCCUCCAAAUCUCUGUUUUCAGAAUAACCCAAACUACCCUUCCCUCGGAACAGAGGGCUCGUCCUCUGGGUGUCCCCUUCAAAUGCGGAGAGUUUAAGACCGCGCUCCGUCACCUGACGGGAACUGAGGUCUACUAAGGCCCCCCCCUUAGUGGCGAAAGGAAGCCAGUAUGACUAAAUUCUACGGAAAUAUCAAAAAUGAUCAAAUAUCUAAUAUAUAUAUAUAUAUUGUAGAGGGUCAGUCUAUUUUUUCUGCUAAACAUUUUUAUUGCUGAUUAUUAUUAUUCAAUCCGGUCCCAGUAGGGAAUAUAUAAACUAUAACAAAGUUCUGAUGAUCUAUUUUCCUUUAUGAGAAUUCGUCCCGAUCUGUUUCUCUUUGCUAUCCUCUUGUCACUGACCCGCUGGAGUCGUGUUCAGGCCCUAAUCCAGCAGGAAAUACGUAGACCUACCGAGCUAUGCAAACUCCCCAGGAAACAGAGUGACGGGGAACAGCACUCCUGGGUGAGGUGAGAGGAAAAGAAAUGAGGAUCGCGUACCUGUCGGGAGCAAGCGGGAGAUGGUUCUUCCCCUGUUCUCUCGAGUACCAAAGUCGUUCCUCUUCGAGCCCUCGCGUGCGUUUGAACUCGGGGGACUCCGCGAUAAAACGCUGAGAGGUUGAGGUCCAGGGCCUGCCCCCCCGAGGAGGGGUCUGGGGGUGUCGCAGCCCUCCGACCAGGGAGGAGAGGUCAGCGAGGGUCAUCGGGUACGGACCGUCCCCGUCCUCCGCCCGUCUUGGUCUGCCAUUUUGGUUCGGCUCCUCCCAGCGACGGGACGUUUCCUCAGUGGACCCCGUCUUCCCAACCGAGGGCCCACGGGUGGGGACAGAGGGAGGAAAGGGGAUCUCGAAGAGCCGGGCCCGGGAAUCGCGGACGAGGGCGCGGUCGCCUCGGCGGAGGUGGCUCCGGAUCCCGAAGGGGAGAGGAAGGCGGAGAGCCGAGACGUCUCUCCACCGUGGCUUCUUCCUGUCACGCCUGUUCUAUGACACGUCCACAUCCCCCCUCCCCCGAAAACAUAAAGCAGAAUAUCCGUGUGUUACCUAUUAACGUGAAUGUCGAGUUUCUCUCUCUUCGCUUUGAAGGACCGCGGAGCCAUUUCCUGGAGUGGUCGUAUCUGGUCACAGUUAGUAUCCUCUCCCCGCCUCACCGAACAAAUCUCCGGAUUUCCACACGGGUCAAGACGCGGGUGGGUGGGGGUUUUUGUUGUUGUUUGUUUUUUUUUUAACCUGACGUGCAUUGGAGCGGUCCAAGUCGACAUUUCCCAACGAGAUGGCUCGUAGUAAACUGUAAGAUACGUGUACGACUGAAAUAACACGGUUCCUUUAUUUUCCUUUCUUCUUCCAGACUGAAAAUACCCCGAUAUCUGUAUAAUUGUCACUUUUAUUGUCUGAGAGUAAUUAUAAGUGUUAGUAUAAAAUGUCAGAAGAGUUGACCGAAUAUAGCUACCGAUAAAAGAAUCCGAGUCACCCGUUCUUCCGGGGCACCCGUGGUGACAUUUGGUAGGGUCCCGUGUCCCAGGGCGAGGACGAUUGAAGUGCGACGACUGGGAAGGCGGGUGGGGGGGCGGGGGGGAAAACGGUGAAAUCAGACUAAUCCGUCUCUUUUCGUUUCGGAAUCCAGCGCCGUUCAGUCAGUCACCCUAUUUUGCCAUCAUUUCCAAAGGAAUUUCACAGAGCUUGUGCUUUUUUUUUUUCCUUUUUAACCUAUUUAUUAUUUUUGCGAGGGCAGCGGUGUUGAUGAAGAUGCCGAAUACGAACGCAUCUGUUUGGUUUCUAUUUCCUUCGCAAAUUUUGUACACAGAGCAAUGUGCAAAAGCCAUUUUGAUAUAGCAAAUUCCACUUGAUAACUAACCUUUGAAUUGAGUAUUUAUCUCCUGAGGGUUUUUUAAGACGAUGAUUUAAUCGACCGAUUCUUUAGUUCAGUGCCAAUCAUUUCACUCCAGUCUUUUGGCCCUCCCUCCCUCCUGUUUUCUUUUUUUGGAAAAAAAGUAAGCUGUAUUUGUGCCUUUGGAUUAGCAUGCCACUCUGCUUUAUUAAAGGAAAGAAAAAAACACCUGCAACUUGUCUCCCCAUCUUGUUUAAAAUACCCGCACCCUCCCCCGAGACUUCUCAGUCUUGCUCAGACGUGACAGGGAAUGAUAUCGAACCUCACUGGUGUUCAGACGAAACGCUCGUUUUCCAUUUCCUCCCGCUCUGCCGCGUGCCCUCACUGAAAACACACAUUCCCCCAGACCAAACUCGCGCACACAGUAUCCUCCCGGGAAACACGGCACCUUUUUCCGUCGCCACUUGUAAGGCGCAGAUGUCAUGUAGAAAUGCGGUCGGAUCUGCUCUCCUUUCCUGGGUGAGAGAUCUUUUCGUGAAGACCCCACCCAACCCCUCAAUCUAUAUGUGAGUGAGCACGCUUGCUGCGAUUGAGGGCUACAUCCCUUUUUGCGGCAGAAAUGCCGCCUGGAGCCUGGGGGAAGGGGUGGGGGGGAGCGUACCUACAUCCGUGCAUUUUUAGGAGCAUCUACACGUGCCGGGUUGAAUCUUGAAUUCGUCGAUCCGGAGCACUGGGAAGAGAGAGAUGGCUGCCUCUCUUCCCCACCUGCAUUGAGAGGUGAAGUCACCACUCGUUCUCCCUCUGGAAAUGGCGAGGCAUCGAAUCAUCGGAGGAACCGGAACUGGGCGCCCGGAGAUGGUGGAAAGCUCAUCCCGGUCACCCGUCACCGGAGGAAGUUCCCCAAAGGCCCCGGUCGCUCCCGAGGACGGGCACGGCCGCUUCUCGAGGGGAGCCCCUCGUGUCCCGGCUUCUUCUGACGUGAAAACCCACCCUACUGCUCACGGGCACGUGAGGGUGGCCCCGUGCGCUCCUCCUUGCCCGCUGCAAGACGCCAAGGACCAGCAUUUUGGAAGCACGGGUCGGCGUUGGCAUCCGCGGGCUGCUCUGCCCUCCUUCCCCAUCCAACCACAGUCAAAGGGGCCGAAAUGCUCCCUGGCCUGGCCGCUGUUCCUUUCUGAAAGAAGUUGGCAAGUGGAAGAAUCCAAGGUUUUAUUUUAACUCGGCCCAUCGCACGGACCCCUCUGUUCCUCCGGCGAGUUUUCCAGCGCCUACGGUAUCCAUCUCGUUCAGCGUUUCUUCUUGCGGAAUGACGGACACGUGACUUGAGAAGGGUUCGUGGGGUCUGUUGUCGUCUUUUGCAUCGGUGUUUCUCAAAGCGCCUGUUUCGGUUGCCCCCUCCGUCACCGGUGAGACGAUCGUAUCCCUCAUCUUUGGACAAAGAUACCCGCAACUACGAUUGCGGUACGCUACCGGCCGAUUGGAUGAAAAAAGGAAUCAGCAAGGAAACAGCCACCGGGCAAACACUCACCGGACAUUCGGGCUUCUCUGCCGUCCGCCCAGUCCGGGAGAUGAGGGAAACGCGACCAGAUUGUUUACGGUAGAGAGAGGGAUGUUGAUGUUUUUUUCUUGAAUAAGUAAAGAGAGACAUGGAGACUCCAAAGCUCAGGUUUGGGGUUCCCGGUCGGAGAGGGAAUGAUAUGCAAAUGGAUCCAUCCCGGUUCUCCCAGAAGCUCAGGUGGGACCGGCAAGGGGGCGGCACGACCUGAAUCGGCCCGAGAGCGCAGAGGGCUCCCAGAAGUAGAGAAGAAGGCCAGAGAGACGCCUCUCUGCCCUCAGGAGAUGAGUGGAUCCUGGAGGGGGAGAGAAGCCAACGCUGGUGUGAGCGGAUCUAUCCGGCGGUCCAGCGCUGGUAUUUACUGAGCGCUUAACCAUGUGCGGUGCACUGGACCAAUCGCUCGGGUGAGUACGGUACGACAGAGCUGCCCACAAGGAGCUUACAGCCUAGUAGCUCCCAUCGUGCCGUGGAAGGGGAGGCGGGCAUCUCGGCGCCCACAGGCGUAGACGUGGACAAGGGCGAGUGGUCCGAUCGGCUGGACGUCUGAUAUUAUUCGGUCGAUAGGUCGCUUGAGAGAGCAUCACCCGAAAGAGCAAAAAAGGAUCGUGGGAGAGACGGCACCGAACUUUGGUUGCAGCCUCGCGCGUCUGGUUCUUCGUGGCGUAGAGUUUGUUGUUAAAACCGUGCCGAGACCCCGGUAGCUCAGAAGGAAGAGUCCGAGGAGCAUUGGUAUGAUAAUAAUAAUUGUGGUAUUUGUUGAGCGCUCACUAUGUGCCGGGCACUGUACUAAGCGCUGGGGUGGAUGCAAGCAAAUCAGGUUGGACACGGUCCAAAUCGGGUUGGUGUGUGCUUUCUGUGCGUCUGGUAUCUUUUAUGUUUAGUCGCACGUCUCUUCAGAGUCCCUAUCCCACCCACGUUGUAGAUUCUUAAGUUAGAACCAGUGAUUAGAUUUUUCUUUUAAAUGUUUUGAAAGGUUAUGUCCCCGUGAAAUGCUGUACAUAUAUAUCUCAACUGUAAAAAUUAUACUGCCGAUGUUCAAGUUUUGUAUUUAAGAAAGACACUGAAAGUAUGGCUUACGGUAUAUCCAAACUAUUUGUCACUCUUCAUCAUUUGUAUAUUAAUAGUAAAGAUACUUUUACUUUAA